AUGGCUGGGUCUGAUCAGUCCUCUCCUUUCUUGGCUCGGUUCCACGCAGACCUUUUCCGCGUCUCCAUGGCCCUCGCGAGCCAAGCUGUCCUAUGGAGGACACUCAGCUCCGGCUCCUUCUCCGAUCCAUGGCCUCCCAUCUUCACCUCCAUCGCCGAGAAGUCCUUCUGGCUGCUGGCUGCAGCCGUCCUCUCCUCCUCCACCCUUGCCUACCUCUUCAAGUCCAUCUUCUACUUCCACAUCGUCAAGGCCGAGUUCCUCGACCGGUGGCGGGUCAACUACCUCUUCGCCCCUUGGAUUGCCGCUAUCUUGCUCCUCCAGUGCGUCCUCCCUUCCAGCAUCUCGAGGACCAUCUGGUGUGCCUUCACCAUUCCUAUACUGCUGCUGGAGGUGAAGAUCUACGGCCAGUGGUUCACCAAGGGCAAGCGCUUCCUCUCCACUGUGGCCAACCCUUCCACCCACCUCUCCCUCAUCGGCAACUUCGUCGCCGCGCAGACUGCCGCCCGGCUCGCCUGGCUCGAACUCGGCUUGUUCUUGUUCUCCAUAGGCAUCAUACAUUAUGUUGUGGUGUUUGUCACAUUGUAUCAGCGCCUUCCUUGCACCGGGUCUGUCCCGGUGCAACUACGGCCGGCGUCCUUUUUAUCGAUCGCUGCGCCUAGCGUGGCGUCCAUUGCAUGGGAAGCGGUCUCCGGCCACUUCGGCUCCGGUUGCAAGAUGCUGUACUUCCUCUCCCUCUUUCUCUUCACGUUGCUAGUAGUCCGGCCGACGCUUUUUGUGAAGGCAAUGAGGAGGUUCAGUUCUGCAUGGUGGGCUUACGUCUUCCCCGUCACAAUGCUCGCUCUCUCCUCAGCUGAAUAUGCGCAGGAAGUGCACACCGGCUUAGCUCAUGCGAUCAGAAGGGUCAUAUCCAUGGCUUCACUGCUUAUGACCCUCGCCUUGAUCCUGCUCACCGUUGUUCAUAGGAAGGUCAUCUUUGCUAAUACGCGUCAACAAAAUUCUCAAGCAAAAGUUAUGCCCAUGGCUUCACCGUCUAGGGCAAUGGAGGAGCCCGAGCCUUCUUCAUCCCCGUCUCUUCCUCUGUAA